UUCAUGUUAAACUGGCAAUAAUAAUUAUUUGAUGGAGACGUCGUUACAAAUUACGUCGAUAUUACGUUGCUCGAUAACGUUACGGAAAAGGGUUUAUUGGAUAAAUGUAGCAUCUACUCUUGCUCCAGAAAAAAGUGCUUAGUUUACAGGAUUUGUUGCCUGGUUUUGAGUGGUCGUUGCUCUUAUUACCUGGCAACCCUGGGGCCACCCGUCUGCCUUGGAAACCAUAGAUGACGAAUAUGUUUACACACGUCAUCACGAGCUAUUUAGCUAGGGAUGUUUUACGUUGCAUGUGUUAGCUAUAUAUUGUGCUAGAACUAUAAAGUAUUGGAAUCAGAAGAAAGUUUGCAUAUUGUUUUAAAAUAUAGUUAUCUACCUUUUUCAUUGUUGAGUAGCUUGCAUUUAGCAGCUUGGUACUGAUAAUUAGCUAACGUUAGCAGAUUUGUUCAGCCAGCAACGCCUAGCAGCUAGCUAACGUUAAUCUGGACAAGCUAUCAACACAAGUGAAGGAGAGAUGUUCAAAGCAAAACUGCUUUUAAUUGGACCAAGUGAGUCUGGAAAAACGGUUAUAGCCAACUUUAUCUCUGACACCGUGGAGACAGUAGGAGGGGAAUACUGUCCUACUCAAGGUGUCAGGAUACUGGAGUUUGAAUCUCAGUAUGAGGGAAGUGGGGACAAAUCCUUGACAUGUGAGGUGGAACUUUGGGACUGUGCUGGAGAUUUCAAGUUUGAGUCGUGCUGGCCUGCAUUGAUGAAAGACUCCAAUGGUGUGGUGAUAGUGUUCAACCCAGACAUGCCACGCCACCUAACGGAAGUAGAGACAUGGUACUCCAUGUUCAUCUCCUCACAGGGGCUACAGGACAGGCAGUGUCUACUGAUGGCCCACCACAAGCCUGGUAGUGGAGUAGAUAAUGGACGACCCAACCUAGCUUCGCAUUUGAACAGGUUACCAUUGAGUCACUCUAACCUGGAGGAAGAUCCUGAGGAUGUGCGGCAGGGGUUCCGCAGGUACUUGGAGAACAUUGUGCAAACGCUGUCAGAGAGCCGGGAGCGAGAGGAGAUGUCUAUCAUUACUUAAGAUCAUCCCAAACCAAAGCUUCAUCUAUCGAAGGUUGGAUUUAGACUCCACUAGAUACUCUGCAGUCAAAGGCUCUGCAACCACUGACUUGUUUUUUUUUAACACACAGGUAUCUUAACUUUAAUGAAUCAGCUGCACUUGUGCUUUUCCAAAACAUAAUUCCACCCUAUUUCUAAAGUUGGUGGCAAAAGUAACCAGAAAUGAAAUCUUUCAACUGCACUUGGAUAUUGUGUGUGCAGACAAAUGCUUAAAAUUGUCUUUUAUAAAUUCUGAAAAAAAAAAUGCAACAUGUAAUGUGGUCAUGUUUCAUGAGCUGAAAUAAAAUAUCCCAGAAAUGUUCCAUA